CCGGUGCCGGCGGGGAGCCCGUCCCCGGCGUGCUGGGCUCUGCCGCCUGUCUCGCUUCCCGCUCUCCCGAGCCGGCAGCACCGUUGCGCAGCUCCCGCGGACCGGCCGGGACGGGACGUGUCGGGAGCUCGGCGGGGCUCGGGGCUUGCGAGGCGAGGCGAGGCUGGACGGCCGGGGCAGGGGCCGAGGCCGCGCGGAGCUGGCGGCGGGGGGCGGCGCGCGGCGCGGUGCCGCCGGGGCCCGGCGCAUGGCGGCGGCGGGGGGCAUCGCCACGCUGCCCGACGACGGCGGCAGCGGCGCCUUUCCCCCGGGGCACUUCAAGGACCCCAAGCGCCUGUAUUGCAAGAACGGCGGCUUUUUCCUGCGCAUCAACCCUGACGGGAAGGUGGACGGCGUCCGCGAGAAGAGCGACCCGCACAUUAAGCUGCAGCUUCAGGCGGAGGAGCGAGGAGUGGUGUCCAUCAAAGGUGUCAGUGCCAAUCGCUUCCUGGCCAUGAAGGAGGAUGGCAGACUGCUGGCCCUGAAAUACGCAACAGAAGAAUGUUUCUUCUUUGAACGUUUGGAAUCCAAUAACUAUAACACUUACCGGUCACGGAAAUACUCGGAUUGGUACGUGGCACUGAAAAGAACUGGACAGUACAAACCUGGACCAAAAACUGGACCUGGACAGAAAGCUAUCCUUUUCCUUCCCAUGUCUGCUAAAAGCUGACUUCCAUGGCAGAUUGUGAGCACCAA